UGGCGCUGAGUUUGGAAGGGAAGAUUGUGUGGUUCGCUUUUAUUUCACGUGUUACUGUAGUCUGUUUACAGGUGAUCUUCAACCUUUUAAUGCCUGACCUUAACAACGAUGUCUUCAAUCCACCUCGGUCACACCAGCAGCUGGCUACUAGCAAGCUUGGUGAUAGUUUGGCAGAGGCUGCCUUGGGGGGUCUACGGCGUUGGGAUGGAGUUUACUUUUUACACAUAGCGGAAUAUGGCUACACUUAUCAGAAUUGUUUGGCGUUUUUCCCAUUGUUCCCCUUUGUGGUGCGAUUUUUGGCCAACACUUUGCUGUGGCCGUUGCAGUCAGUUCUGAGCUACACCCAUGUGUUACAAGUUUCUGCAUUACUGGUUAAUGGGUAUUGUUUCAUCAUGGCUAGUGUCAUGUUAUACAGGCUGGGUCGGAAAGUAGUAGACAGUGACAAGCUAGCAUACAAAUCUGCCUUACUGUUUGCUAUUAAUCCUGCAAGUAUCAUGACAGCUCCCUAUUCUGAGGCAAUGUUUGCUUACUUGUGCUUCAGAGGAUUGUGGCAUUUUGAGGAGUCCAAAACCAUUCGAGCAUCAGUAAGGUUUGGUGCAGCAGCUGCAGUUCGGUCCAAUGGCUUGACCACCUGCUUCAUUUACUACGAAAAGUUGAAAAGGUUGAUCUUACAGCUCUAUGAAAUCAAGAGAACAAAGUAUUUGGACUGGAGCUCAGUUAGAAUGAUAGUUUUUGGAGUCCUCUCAAUUGAUCUUUACCCUGUUAUCAUAUACUCAGUUAUUAUGUUUCUACCUUUCGUUGCUUGGCAGUACUUUGCAUUUUCAUUAUUUUGUUCAAAACAUACUAGCGACAGGGAAACCAUUCCAGAGCACCUUGUUAUAUAUGGGAAAUCUCAAAAUUAUAUUCUUCAAGGAAGUGAGCUUCCUGACUGGUGCAAGAGUUCUUUCCCCUUCUCAUAUUCCUAUAUACAGAGUACCCACUGGGGAGUUGGCUUGUUCCAAUAUUAUGAAUUCAAACAGGCCCCUAAUUUCCUGUUAGCACUACCUGUUGUGCUUCUGAGUUUAUCUAUUGCCGGGUGCUAUGUCAGGAAGAAUCCGGCACAUUGCCUCACUUUAGGGCUAGCAGAGGGGAUGACACAGCCAAAGAAGUCAGAUGAACCUGCUCGCACAUAUGGUUUGUUUGGAACGAACAUGUUUGUAUAUGUGGCUCACAUGAUCUUCCUGGUCACCUUUGGCAUCCUCAUCAUGCAUGUACAGGUUCUAACCAGGCUGAUGUUCGCCUCUAGCCCUCUUCUCUACUGGUUCACAGCUUGGCUCACCUCAGACCCAACCACGGACCCUGACACUGACACCACUGAUAAAGUAAACAGAUAUAAUGUAAUGAAGAGAGUGUCAAUGCGACAGAAUGUGGAAGUUGUGUCAAAUCUGAACAGUAAAGUGUACAAUAUAGUGACAGAUCAGCUGUUUCAGUGGCAGCAAUGUACAACACUUACCAAGCUCAUCUAUCUCUAUUUCCUUGGAUAUGCUGUCAUUGGUACUGCUGCAUUUUGCAACUUUUACCCAUGGACAUAGAUUUUGUUUUUUACUUGGACUAUAAUUAAUUGGUGUUUUAGGCUGUAUACAAGAAUAUUUCAUUAAUACAACUGUAUUUCAUCAUACCUCACAAAAUACCACAGCUGACAGGUCCUACAUUCAACCUCAAGACCUUAGUAGUCUGACAUAAUUGUUAAAAAUAUACAACCCUAAAAAGCAGGGUGCAGAUGCCAGGAGACAUUGUUACAUUCUAUGAAUCUCUCAAGUAAUUUAUUCUUUAAGAUAACAAUACAUGUAUAUUUUCUGUUGUAUUUUUUUUUAUUAUGUAAACUGUUGACUAAAACAAUGCAUAGCACAGUUAUAUUAGUGGAAAAGCUAUAAGAAUCUUUGUUUGAUAAACAAAAAAUCAUCACAAGAAUUCACAACCUGAUAAGAAAUGGAAUGCACAAUUAUAGCUUGACUUUUUUUAUGCAUAAAUUGAAGAUGUUUACAAUUCCCCAAAUUUAGAUUUCACAAAAAACAUGUCUCAUCUUUAUCAUCACAUUUCCAAGGCAAAAUUUAUGAAUUUUAAUGAAAAUACAAUAAAAAUAUAUUUUGAGCACAUUAUACGGUUCCUUUUGUUCUGUUU